CUUUAGUUGCAGAGUGAAACCCUAAUCAGAAUACAUGGUUGAUGCCUUGAGGAGCCAUCGGGAGAUCGUUGGUAUGCGUCGGUAGGGGUUACAGUUGCAGGUAAACGGAUAAUGGCUGGGAGCUGUGCUAUUAUGUGUUAUUUUCGGAUUCUCUGAAGUGGAUAUUUUGAGGUUGGGAGAUAUGUCCCUGAGAAUCAAAGCCGUGGUUGAUAAGUUUGUGAAGGAGCUGAAAGAAGCUCUCGAUGCAGAUAUCCAAGACCGGAUCAUGAAAGAGAGGGAAAUGCAAAGCUACAUCGAGGAGAGGGAGAGAGAGGUCGCCGAGAGAGAGGCUGCUUGGAAGGCUGAGCUAUCUCGUCGAGAGGCAGAGAUUGCCCGACAAGAAGCUAGGCUUAAGAUUGAGAGAGAGAACCUUGAGAAAGAGAAAAGUGUCUUAAUGGGAACUGCAUCAAAUCAGGAUAACCAGGAUGGGGCUCUUGAAAUCACAGUAAGCGGUGAGAAGUACCGAUGCCUCAGGUUUGCUAAAGCAAAAAAAUGAAGUUUACUAUGGAGAACUUUGUGAUGUCCUGAUUCUAUUCUUUAACCAGCCAGGAGCUACACUCUGCAGCUGGUAAUCUUCAAUCUUCAUGUAUUUUAAGUGCAAUGAUCUGGUCCAAGCUUGUAUAUAGCUUCUGCCAUUUCUUUUCUAGGAAUUGGGUUGCAAUUGCUAUUUAGAUGCAGAUAUAAAAAAGGAAUGGUGUCAGCAGUUAUAUUUCCUCCUGUUAAUUUUUAUCUGAAGAGAAAUGUGGUCUUCUAAAAACUGACUGGCCAGCUAUACUCUUAACAUUUAUUUGCAUCCUCAAGAGGA